AUGCCGCCCAAAUCAUCCGCAAAGGGAGGCGGAAAGGCCACAGGUGGAGGCGCUUCGUCCAAACCCAAGUCGCAACACAACAGGGAGGAAGAUCUGCAGCGAGAGCCAUUGCAAGCUGUCGUGCUCGCCGACGCCUUCUCGAAACGAUUGCAUCCUUUGACCACCGACAAGCCAGCUUGUCUUCUGCCACUAUGCAAUGUGCCUCUACUCGACUGGACUUUGGAGAACCUCGCGCUUGCCGAAGUGGAGGAGAUCUUCAUCCUCGCCAGCCGCUUUUCGGAUCAGAUCAAGAAACAUCUCGCAUCGUCUUCCGCAAGGUACUCGCUGCCUAAGAUCACCGUCAUUGCCACUCCCGAUGCCCAAUCGCUCGGAGAUGUAAUGCGUGAGCUCGAUAGCAAGCAAAUCAUUCGAUCCGACUUCAUCCUCAUUCACGCCGAUUCGGUUGCCAGCAUGGAUCUCGACAGCAUUGUCGAUGCACACAAGCGUCGCAGAAAAAGAGACAAGGACGCCAUCAUGACCAUCUGCACCAUGCCUGUCGGCAAGCGAAGCAGGACACGCGCUCCAGGCAAUCUCUCGCUCUUCUUUGUUGAGCCUCACACCUCGCAGCUCGUCCACUACGCACCCGUGCCCGCAGCACCCAGGCUCAGGACCACCACUUUGCCCCUCGAGGUGUUCGACGAAGACGCGGCUGCCACCACCAACUCCCUCUCUCGUGGAGCUGAAGUCGACAUCCGAAAUGACCUUGUCGAUUGCGGCAUCGACAUUUGCUCGGCAGAUGUGCCACCUCUCUUCUCGGAGAACUUCGACUACCAGACGUUGCGUCACGACUUUGUGCUCGGUAUUCUCACCUCUGAUCUGCUCGACAGCAAAAUCUUCAUCCACGUUGCGCCAACGGGUCCGCCUGCAUCCUCCGUUCAAGUCGCCAGCUCUUCGUUCCCAGAGACGGUCGGCACAUCCACGUACGGCCGUGGGUACGCAGCCCGUGUCAAGUCGCCGGCUGACUACGACGCCAUCAGCAGAGAUGUCAUUGGUCAGUGGACGUACCCACUCGGACCAGCUGGUUACCUUCCCGGCGGUCAACGAUACAACCCACGAUCUGGUCUUCGCUUCCUCGGCGACAACGUCGUGCUGAGCCGCACGUGCCAGCUCGGCACGCAUACCCUCGUAGGCUCGCAGUCCGAGAUCGGUGACAAGGCCUCCCUCCAGCAGUCUGUCCUCGGAUCCAACGUCAAGGUCGCCAGCCGCACCGCCAUCUCUGGCUCGUACAUCUGGGACAAUGCCGCCAUCGGUGCCGACUGUACGAUCGAGCGCAGUAUCAUCGGCAAGAAUGUCAGAAUUCUCGACGGUGUUAAGAUCAACAAGGGCUGCAUUGUCGCCGACGGCUGUGUGGUCGGUCCCAAUGUCGAGCUUGCUGCUUUUAGCAGGAUAGCCAACAAGAAGUACAGAGCCGACGAUUUUGACAGCGACAGUGAAGAAGAGGACCAGGACGACUCUUUGCGAGCCAGCGAUGCCGCGUCACGGACGGCAGUGGAAGGCAAGGAUGCCUUUUCGAAGGAGCUCGGAGCCCAAAGCGUCGGCUUCUUGUGGCCAGCGCUGGGUGACAAGGCAGCCAAGGGCGAAAUCGAUGACGAUUCGGACGCCUCCGACGAGGAUGAAGACGAAGUUGACGUGAUUGAGCGUUCGCACAAUUUGCGGCUCAUGCGACUCGGCGCCGAUCUGGAAGACAUGCAGCUCUCUGACGCUCUUUCCGACGUCUCGUCAGUCGGUGUUGGGCGUGAUUCGGACGACUCGGACGAUGAAGACGCCUCUGACCUCGCCACAGACGACUCGCUGUCCUCCUCGGACGACGACAUGCUCGGCGAGUCGAUGAUGCUCGAUGGCGAGACCAACGUCGAAAAGCAAGCCGCGGUCAAGCGUCUCAACGAGUUCCGCUCGGAAGCCACCGCCUCGCUCGAGCGCGCCUUCGAAGAGAACCACACGGUCGACGAUGCCGCGAUCGAACUCAAGACGCUCCGCAUGGCCUCCAACGUGCCGCUCAAAGAGGUGCGCAAGACCGUCAUCGGUUUCAUCCUCACCAAGUGCGAACCGGACCAGCCGAAAGAGAUGCUCAAGGUGCUCGACAAGUGGUGCCCGCUCAUCUCGGUCGUUGCCGUCGACGAUCAGAUCGAGGCCCUGGCAACGGUGCAGAACUUCUGCGCAAGUCACGCCAAGUACUACAAGAUCUUCAUCCCGCUGCUCAAGAAGUUCUACAACGAUGAUGUGAUUAGCGAGGAGAACAUUGUGGGUUGGUGGAAGAGUCCACUGAGUAGGGUGACAGCGGAGGAGGUGGGUGGCGAGAAGAACUUGGCGCUGAGGAAGGCAGCGGAGGAAGUGAUCAGGUACAUCUUGGAGAGCCAGGAGAGCUCGGAUGAGGACGAUGAUGAGGACGACGAAGAUGAAUCGGAUUGA